AUGUAUGCGGUUUUCAAGAUUACAGAUGAUGCUUACAAAGUUUUUGAUAAAAUGACUGAAAGAGAUGUGUUCUCUUGGACUAGUUUGGUGUGUGGGUAUGCAAAUAAUGGUGAGAUGGAUCAAGCUUGUGAAAUCUUUUAUAAAAUGCCACAGCGGAAUGAUGUUUCUUGGGCUGUUAUCAUAUCGGGUUUUGCUGGAAACGGGAGGUACAUGGAGGUACUUGUCUGUUUAAAUGAGAUGUUUUGUGCCGUUGAAGAUAAGGUAAGGCCUAAUGAGGCUGUACUUGUUUGUGCUCUAUCUGCCUGUGCUAAUCUUGGGGCCUUAGAACAGGGAAAUUGGAUUCAUGCUUAUAUUAUGAGAAAUGAUAUUCUUUGUAGUUCAAAUAUUUCUACUGCUCUUAUUGACAUGUAUGCGAAAUGUGGGAGAAUAGACUGUGCUAGAUUGAUUUUCAAUAGAAUUCCAAGACCUGAUGUACACAAUUUCACAAGUAUGAUCUCAGGGUUAUCAUAUCACGGGCUUGGUGAGGAUUCCUUAACCGUGUUUAACAUGAUGUUAGAUAAAAAAGUUAAUCCAAAUGAAGUAACUAUUAUAGGGGUGCUUAACGCCUGUAGCCAUUCAGGUCUGGUAGAAGAGGGUUCUUCAAUCUUCUAUAACAUGGAGACCUUAUGGGGACUUAAGCCUCAGAUUGAACACUAUGGCUGUUAUGUUGAUUUACUUGGCCGUGCUGGAUACUUGGAAAAGGCACUUGAAGUUGUCAAGAGCAUGCAGAUAAAACCUGAUAUAGUCAUAUGGAGGGCUUUGCUCAGUGCCUGUAGAAUUCAUCGCAAUAUUUUCCUUGGUAACAGCAUUAUAGAUUUUAUAAAGCAGCUUAACUCUGCUGGACCUAGUGGAAGUGAGGUACUGCUCUCUAAUCUGUAUGCAUCUCUAGGCAACUGGGAGAAAGUUUCUGAAGUGAGGAAAGCAAUGGGUCAGAGAAAGACCCAAUCAGACAUCGGAUGUAGUUGGAUCGAGGUGAAUGGUGUUGUUCACGAGUUUCGUGUUGCUGAUAAGUUACACCCACAGAUUUUGGAAGUUCUGGACAAAUUAAACGAACUAUGGAUAGUGCUCUCCUAG